UCUCCGCGGCCCGUCACAGUGGACAGCUCCAAGGCCAGGACCUCCCUGGACGCCCUGAAGAUCAGCAUCCGCCAGCUCAAGUGGAAGGAGUUCCCAUUUGGUCGACGCUUGCCUUGUGAUAUCUACUGGCACGGAGUGUCAUUUCACGACAGUGACAUAUUCUCCGGUCAAGUGAACAAGUUUCCAGGCAUGACGGAGAUGGUGCGUAAAAUUACUCUGAGCAGAGCGGUGAGGAUCAUGCAGAAUCUUUUUCCUGAGGAGUACAACUUCUACCCUCGCUCCUGGAUUCUGCCUGACGAGUUCCAGCUCUUUGCUGCUCAGGUUCAAAUGGUGAAAGAUGGGGACCCCUCCUGGAAGCCCACUUUUAUUGUGAAACCUGAUAGUGGUUGUCAGGGUGACGGAAUCUACCUCAUUAAAGACCCCAGUGACAUCCGCCUGGCAGGGACCCUCCAGAGCAGGCCGGCGGUGGUCCAGGAGUACAUCUGCAAACCUCUCCUUAUCGACAAGCUCAAGUUUGAUAUUCGUCUGUAUGUCUUACUCAAGUCCUUAGACCCCUUAGAGAUUUACAUAGCCAAAGAGGGACUCUCUCGGUUUUGCACGGAGCCAUAUCAGGAGCCCAACCCCAAAAACCUGCACCACAUCUUCAUGCACUUGACCAACUAUUCUCUGAACAUCCAUAGUGGUAAAUUUGUCCAUUCGGACAGUACUAGCACGGGCAGCAAGAGGACUUUCUCUAGCAUUCUUUGUAGGUUGUCUUCCAAGGGUGUUGACAUCAAGAAGGUCUGGUCUGAUAUCAUCUCCUUGGUGAUUAAGACUGUCAUUGCCCUGACUCCAGAACUCAAAGUUUUCUACCAGUCGGAUAUCCCCGCUGGGAGGCCGGGGCCCACAUGCUUCCAGAUUUUAGGUUUUGACAUUCUUCUAAUGAAAAACCUGAAGCCCAUACUCCUUGAAGUAAACGCAAAUCCCAGCAUGAGAAUCGAACACGAGCAAGAGCUCUCUCCAGGGGUGUUUGAGAACGUCCCCAGCCUUGUCGAUGAAGAAGUAAAAGUGGCUGUGAUCAGAGACACACUGCGUCUCAUGGACCCACUUAAGAAGAAAAGAGGGAACCAGUCUCAGCAGCUCUUAGCCACAAAGGAAAAUCCUUCGGACAGCGAGCUGGCCGGCAACACCAAUCCCGAAGCCCACCUGCCCUCCAUCUGCCUCAAGCAGGUGUUCCCCAAGUACGCGAAGCAGUUCAACUACCUGCGCCUGGUGGACAGGAUGGCAAACUUGUUUAUUCGGUUCCUGGGAAUCAAGGGGACGAUGAAGCUGGGACCAACAGGCUUUCGUACCUUCAUAAGGAACUCAAGCCUCCUGGCCCAGGACGCUGUCCCCAGUCCAGGGCCACACCAAGCGGGUGCUUGUUCGUUUUCGUGA